GAGUUUUUAGUAUGAUUUCAUGUGAUUUCCUGUGAUACCACAAAAAUACUUCUGUGAUACAAUAAAAAUGCUAAACGAAUAUGACGCAAAAUUGAUGGAAAUUCAUAAUUUCUGCAAAAGCAUAUAUUUAAAUUUAACUUAUUAUUAACUUAUCAUUUUAUUAUGCAAUUUAUCAAUUUAUUAUACACACACCACAUAAGUUAUUGAGAUUAAUUUAUGCUUAGCGCUAGACCGUUUGACGAGAAUUAAUCUUCAAUUAUGCAAAUGUAGUUUAACAUGUCGACUACAACGAAAAAAUGUAUACCGAGGUGUUAAAUGAAUUUUCGCCAUUACGAGAAGUGCAAUAGAAUCCAAGGGAUUGCACGUCAUCGUGAUAUCUUUUUAAGAAUUCAAUAAAUUUUGUAUCUACUCGAGGGACGGUAUCAUGGCUGUGUCAAUAAAUGAAAUUUGCGAGAACACAAAGCUCGCGCGUGAGAUGGCAUUGAUAGGAAACUAUGACACAUCCGGUGUCUACUAUCAAGGGGUCGUGCAGCAGAUACACAGAUUACUCGCAACCAUAGCGGACGCGACUCGCAAGGCAAAGUGGCAGAUAGUGCAGCAUCAGAUCGUCGAAGAAUUUGAGAAAGUGAAAGCCACAUCCAGCACGUUGCAACUUUUCAAAGUGGACACACAUGGCGAUAGGCUGCUCGGAACAUCCUGCUUAUCAUUCGAGGAAAUGACACGAGAUUCUGCUCUCUGGGCUUACAACAAUUCAGAUUCCUCUUGGAAUCAAACACAGACCAGGGAUCCCGAUGUGUGGCCUCCCUUAACUCCAGCAGAACAAAAAAAUUCAAGACAACAAAAAAUUCAACAACAGAAACAGCAAAAUCGUACAAAUACUAAAAAAUCUCUUGCCACGGCUAAAAAGCCAGACAGUAAGGCUUCUGGUAAAAAGGAUGACAAGAAAAUUGUAAAGAAAGACGAUGCAAACAAGGAUAAGUCAGAAACGGAAAAAGAUGAUGUUGAAUUAGAAGAACGUAAAUUUGAACCAUCUGCUAAUGAUAAAGAUCUUGUAGAAAUAUUAGAAAGAGACAUUGUUCAAAAGAAUCCAAAUAUCCAUUGGGACGAUAUAGCUGAUUUACACGAGGCAAAGCGGUUACUAGAGGAAGCAGUUGUACUUCCAAUGUGGAUGCCUGAUUUCUUCAAGGGGAUUAGGCGACCUUGGAAAGGAGUAUUAAUGGUUGGACCACCUGGCACAGGCAAGACUAUGCUCGCAAAAGCUGUUGCAACUGAGUGUGGCACAACAUUCUUCAAUGUUUCAUCCUCUACAUUGACAUCGAAAUAUAGGGGUGAAUCGGAGAAACUUGUUCGAUUGUUAUUCGAGAUGGCCAGAUUUUAUGCGCCCAGUACAAUUUUCAUCGAUGAAAUUGAUUCUCUGUGCUCCAGAAGAGGAUCUGAAUCUGAGCAUGAAGCUUCACGUCGUGUAAAGUCUGAACUUCUUGUUCAAAUGGAUGGAAUAAGUUCCAAUAGUGAAGAUCCAAGUAAAGUAGUAAUGGUACUAGCAGCAACAAAUUUCCCAUGGGAUAUCGACGAGGCUCUAAGAAGACGGUUAGAAAAACGUAUCUACAUUCCAUUGCCAAAUCAUGAAGGCAGAGAAGCAUUGUUAAGGAUAAACCUUCGUGAAGUUAAAGUAGAUUCGUCUGUAAACCUCACAGAUAUUGCAAGAAAACUAGAGGGUUAUUCUGGUGCGGAUAUUACAAAUGUUUGUAGGGAUGCUUCCAUGAUGCUAAUGAGAAAGAAAAUCGCGGGUUUAAGGCCCGAUCAAAUCAGGCAAUUGCCAAAGGAAGAAUUGGAUUUGCCUGUAUCCGCUGCUGAUUUCGACGAAGCCGUUGAGAGAUGUAACAAAAGCGUUUCCCAAGAAGACUUAGAAAAAUAUGAGAAAUGGAUGAGCGAAUUCGGUUCCUCUUGAUAUCAUUCCCUCAAGAAGUAAUAACAUAGUUCAUUAACAUGUUUGUUGAUCCUGAUUACAAUUAAUAUUAUAAUAUUAUUCUGUUUAAUAUAAACGGGGAGCUUCUUAAUCCUUUGUAACUCCUAAUGACUAGUUCUCUAUACUUGAGACUUGAGGAAAAUCAAAUCAAAUUGGAAAAUAAGACUGUACGAUAGGAAUAAUGAGAUAAAAGUUGGGUAAUAUUGCUAAUCUCAACUGUAACGCUGAAGACUUAACUGGCAGUAAUUAAGUAGUCGUAAAUAAC